GAAUAUUUAUGUUUGGCAAUUAUUUAGAAAGCAUACAUUACAAAUACGUAAAUAAAUACAUACGAAUAUGUAUGGACCUGCCAGCACAUCAGAAGAAAGAACCGCGAGGAUGUAGCACGUGCCUGGGUGUAUAAUUGAUGAAGAAAAUGUAUUUAUUGAUGCUGCUCCCAGCGAGCAGAUGUUGCCGGGAGAGACUGUGCUGCUGCAACAAGAGACAGGACGCGGCUUGGAUCACCAAUAGGAUCAGUGCGCAUGCUCUCGCUGUGCCACUUAUAGUCACUGUGAAAAAAGAGAACAGGCAACAAAACCAAGCAUUUUACAGCAAAGUGGCUCCUGCAAUACAAAUAACAUCUGGGGAAACAAAGACAAAAUCAACAGGGGUUUGGUUGUGAUGAAACAAAAGAACAAAGGAUGGCUUAGAAGAACGACAGCUUCCAGUCCUGGAUUGUAUUUUAAAGCACAUAUGUGGAUCUAUCUCCUCCCUGUGAAUCUAGAUCAUGAUACUUGACUGAGGCUAUCUUAUUAUCCAUCCAUCUAUGGCGAACUAUAGUCAUGCGGGUGACCACAACAUCUUGCAGAAUCUUUCUCCUCUUACGACUUUUCUCAAACUGACUUCCCUUGGUUUCAUCAUUGGGGUUGGCAUGGUUGGUAACCUCCUGAUAUCCAUCUUAUUGGUCAAAGACAAGACCUUGCACCGAGCUCCCUACUACUUUUUACUUGAUCUUUGUGGUUCAGAUAUACUCAGAUCCGCAAUUUGUUUCCCGUUUGUGUUCACGUCAGUUAAAAAUGGUUCGUCGUGGACAUAUGGAACACUUACAUGUAAAGUGAUUGCCUUCCUAGGAGUUUUAUCUUGCUUUCAUACUGCCUUUAUGCUGUUUUGCAUCAGUGUGACUCGAUACCUGGCCAUAGCCCAUCACCGUUUCUAUACGAAAAGGCUGACGUUUUGGACCUGCUUGGCUGUCAUUUGUAUGGUGUGGACUCUUUCCGUGGCUAUGGCUUUUCCACCAGUCUUGGACGUGGGUACCUACUCCUUUAUCAGGGAGGAAGACCAGUGCACUUUCCAACAUCGCUCCUUCAGAGCCAACGACUCACUAGGAUUUAUGCUGCUUCUAGCCCUAAUAAUUCUCGCCACCCAGCUUGUCUACCUCAAGCUUAUUUUUUUUGUCCAUGAUCGCAGGAAGAUGAAACCAGUCCAGUUUGUACCAGCCAUUAGCCAGAACUGGACUUUUCAUGGUCCAGGGGCCAGUGGCCAGGCGGCUGCAAACUGGUUAGCUGGCUUUGGAAGAGGCCCUACUCCACCGACCCUGCUGGGAAUAAGGCAAAACACCAAUACAACAGGGAGAAGACGGCUCCUCAUUUUGGAUGAAUUUAAAACUGAAAAAAGGAUUAGCAGGAUGUUCUAUAUUAUGACGUUUUUUUUUCUUACCUUGUGGGGCCCCUAUCUUGUAGCAUGCUAUUGGAGAGUGUUUGCCAGGGGGCCCGUGGUGCCAGGGGGGUACCUGACAGCCGCAGUCUGGAUGAGUUUUGCCCAGGCUGGAGUCAAUCCAUUUAUCUGCAUUUUCUCCAACAGAGAGUUGAGGCGCUGUUUCAGCACAACACUCCUUUACUGCAGAAAAUCCAGGUUACCUAGGGAACCCUACUGUGUCAUAUGAGGGCUUUGUUGAUUGAGCUCUGGUUUGCCCUGUAUUUGACAGCGUUCCCCCUCAACAGCCAAAAGUGUACUGUCGAUCACUCACUUCAAAAUAUGAUAGAAGGAGGGUGCAGUAAAUGCGAGAAUUCGCUGAACUGCACAAAAUGAAGCGCCCUGGAGAAGGACAGUGUUUAUGUUAACUUGUAAGUAAGCCACCAAUGUGGAAGCUUGUUUAAUAAAAAAAAGGCUUGAACAUCUUUUUGUUGGAUCUGUGAAGAUAAAGUUUGAGGAGUUUGGAGUAAAAGCAGCAAAUGGUUGCCUCCAGCAAGUCAAUGAAUAUUGUUUGUUUUACAUCUUAAAAAAAAAAAAAAAAAAAAGUUGCACUGAAAAAAAAGAAGAUAUCAAGACAAAUAUAUGUUUAAUAAUUGCAUUGUAAGGAUAUCUUUGGUUUACCUAAACAAAACAAUAUUUUAUUUUACAACAGAGCUUUUGUUUCAUUUGCUGUAUUAUUAUAGUAAAGCCAGUGUUGGACUGCACCAACACAAGAGGCAUUUGAAUUAAAUGUAAGUGUGUUCUUUUUAUGGGGGGGUGGGGGGGGGGAUAUUGUGCUUUAAAGUUGUAUUCAGACUUGUUGAUUGGCAUUUAUUACUCAUAUUAAUAUCUCCCUACUGACUGACAUGAAAAAUGCAGAACUAUGGGUUACAACUUAGCAAAUCCCUUUUUUUCUGAGCAAGCCACCAGAUAACAGUUGAUAAGACACUCAUCACUCUCAGUAGGCACAAAUGUAAAUUUUAUCAUUGUCUGAUUCUUGUGGAGGCAUUGUUUUCUUACAGUAAAUGGAUACUAUCUGUUAUCUAGUUAGGUUUAAUUCUGAAAGGUGUGAAACAUGUCCCUGGUGUAUCUGAACCGACAUAGUCAGUACACACAAAUCGAUGACCUCAUUUUUGUAAAAGUCUCCCCACCUAAAACCAUAAGGAGCUUAUGUGAGUGUAUUAUAUACUUUGGACAUUUGUCACGUUGAGACCAGAGCCGCCUUAUGAAAUCUUGCACAAUUUGUAAAAUAUGUAUUGUAUCAAAGGCACACUGUCUUGUUUAUACUUUCUGCACAUUUUCUCUACUAGUUGUUUUGAAUUAUUUAUAUUUUAACUUGUGAGAAAUAAAUAUUUAGCAUUAUCAUUUUUAGUAUUUUAGAGGUACUAUAGAAACAGUAUAAGUCUGUGAGUUUCAUUCUCAGAGAUUCAGAUAUGUGCGUAUAUUUAAGUUUAUGAUUGCAUUUGCCAAAAGUUACCUGUGUAAUCUGUUGCUUAAAUUUUGGAAAUAAAAUUUUACAUUUUGCAAAUA